UUCAUCCUGGCUCCACUGCGGCGGGCUGGCCGUGCGAGAGGCGCAGGCGCUGCCGGGAGGGAAGCUGUCCCCUGCUGGUUGCAAACACCGCGGCGGCUGAUGCCUGAGUUGAGAUCUUGGUGUCUGAUCUGCAGAAGUGUGGAGCAUUCACAGGUGUUAUAUUUGGUUAUCGGCUUGCCUGGACUAGAGAAGUUCCUGUUAUAAAUACAUGAUGACAGAUCAUCUUCUCCUCAAGAGCUACUGGUGGAAGGCUGUGCAGAGGGGACUAAAUGCUAUUGCUGAGUAACUGGAUUUCCAAUCACAGAAGGAAAAUAUCAUGUCUCGAUCACGCCAACCCCCUCUUGUAACUGGUAUCUCUCCCAAUGAAGGGAUUUCAUGGACAAAAGUCACAAUAAGAGGAGAAAACUUGGGAACUGGGCCAACAGACCUCAUAGGUUUAACAAUCUGCGGACACAACUGUCUGCUGACUGCUGAAUGGAUGUCUGCCAGUAAAAUAGUGUGUCGAGUGGGACAAGCUAAAAAUGAUAAGGGGGACAUUAUUGUCACUACAAAAUCAGGUGGCAGAGGAACUUCUACUGUUUCCUUCAAACUCCUGAAACCUGAGAAAAUAGGUAUCUUGGAUCAGUCUGCUGUCUGGGUUGAUGAAAUGAACUAUUAUGACACGCGCACUGACAGGAACAAAGGGAUUCCCCCCUUGUCUCUACGCCCAGCUAAUCCACUUGGUAUUGAGAUAGACAAAGGCAGAUUUCCCCAGAAGGAUUUGGAGGCACUGUUUCCUGGGAUGAGUGCCGAUUUCACUAGUGAAAACUUCUCUGCUGCAUGGUAUUUGAUAGAGAACCAUUCAACAACAAGUUUUGAUCAGCUCAAAAUGGCAGUCAUGAAUCUGAAGAAGCAGGCAAACAAGAAAAAUGAGGGGAGUCUAGCAUAUGUGAAAGGAGGUCUCAGCACUUUUUUUGAAGCACAAGAUGCCCUGUCAGCAAUCCAUCAAAAACUGGAAGCGGAUGGAACGGAAAAAGUAGAAGGAUCCAUGACGCAAAAACUGGAGAAUGUACUGAACAGGGCAAGUAACACUGCAGAUACCUUAUUCCAAGAAGUGUUGGGUCGCAAAGACAAGGCAGAUUCAACAAGAAAUGCACUCAAUGUCCUUCAGCGUUUUAAGUUUCUUUUUAACCUUCCUCUUAAUAUUGAAAGGAAUAUCCAAAAGGGUGAUUACGAUGUGGUCAUUAAUGACUAUGAAAAAGCUAAGUCACUGUUUGGGAAGACCGAGGUUCAAGUGUUCAAAAAAUAUUAUGCUGAAGUUGAAACACGAAUUGAAGCCUUAAGAGAACUUCUUCUGAAUAAAUUGCUUGAGACUCCAUCAACAUUACAUGAUCAAAAACGUUAUAUAAGAUAUCUUUCUGAUCUCCAUGCUUCUGGGGACCCUGCGUGGCAGUGUAUUGGUGCCCAGCACAAAUGGAUUCUUCAACUCAUGCACAACUGCAAAGAGAGCUACGUUAAAGAUCAAAAAGGCAAUUCGUUGCUACAUAGCCCCAUGCUAGAUCUAGACAGUGAUGUGCGUCCGUCUCCACUUGGUCAUCUCAGUCAGACUGCUUCGCUGAAAAGGGGCAGCAGCUUUCAUUCGGGUCAUGAUGACACUUGGCAUUGUAAAGCUCCUCAACAAGUUGCGUUUGUUGAAAAGUUGACAAAACUUGUUGUAAUUCAGCUCCCCAACUUCUGGAAGCUCUGGAUUUCUUACGUGAAUGGAAGCCUUUUCAGUGAGACUGCUGAAAAAUCUGGUCAAAUGGAAAGAUCAAAGAAGAAUGCUAGGCAAAGACAAAAUGAUUUCAAGAAAAUGAUUCAGGAGGUGAUGCAGUCACUGGCAAAACUGAUCCGUGGAGCUUUGCUUCCAUUCAGCCUCAGAGAAGGAGAGUUGAGACAGUAUGGUGGCUGGGAGAUGAAAUCUGAACUCUCUGGACAGUGGCUAACACAUGUCAUCCAGACUGUAAGGCUUAGUUAUGAGUCCCUUACUGCACUUGAAAUACCAAAUGAUAUGCUUCAUAUCAUCCAGGAUCUUAUUUUAGAUCUUCGAGUACAUUGUAUAAUGGUCACCUUACAACACACAGCUGAAGAUGUGAAGAGAUUAGCUGAAAAAGAAGACUGGGUGGUUGAUAAUGAAGGUUUAACAUCUCUGCCAUCCCAGUUUGAACAAUGCAUUGUGCAUUCCUUGCAGUCACUCAAGAGUGUUCUGGACUGCAAACCUGGAGAAGCCAGUGUUUUCCAACAACAAAAAACACAGGAGGAUGUGUGCCAGCUAAGCAUUGGUAUCAUGCAGGUUUUUAUAGAUUGUCUGGAACAACUGAGCACUAAGCCUGAUUGUGAUGCAGAUACCACACAUCUUUCAGCUGACGUUUCAUCUCCUGAUUUAUUUGGAAGCAUUCACGAAGACUCUAGUUUAUCUUCCGAGAAAAAACUUUUAAUUGUACUCAGUAAUUGCUGCUACCUGGAACGUCAUACUUUCAUAAAUGUAGCUGAACACUUUGAGAAACAUAGCUUCCAAGGAGUUGAAAAAAUAACUCAAAUUAGUAUGGAAUCCUUGAAGGAGUUGGAUCAAAGACUGUUUGAAAUUUACAUUGAAUUGAAGGCAGAUCCUAUAGUUGGCUCUUUAGAACCUGGCAUUUAUGCAGGAUAUUUUGAUUGGAAAGAUUGUCUCAUUCCAACAGGUGUCAGAAACUAUUUGAAAGAAGCGUUAGUGAAUAUCAUUGCUGUGCAUGCAGAGGUAUUCACCAUCUCUAAGGAAUUAGUGCCUCGAGUACUGUCAAGGCUUGUGGAAUCUGUUGCUGAAGAACUAAGUCGACUGAUGCAGUGUGUAUCAUCGUUCAGUAAAAAUGGAGCUUUACAGGCAAGGCUUGAAAUUUGUGCAUUGAGAGAUGCUGUGGCCGUAUACCUAACGCCAGAAAGCAACUCAAGUUUUAAGCAAGCUUUGGAAGCCCUGCCACAACUCUUAAGUGGAGCAGACAAAAAGUUAUUAGAAGAGCUACUAAACAAAUUUAAAAGUAGUAUGCACCUGCAGCUCACCUGCUUUCAAGCUUCUUCGGCAAUGAUGAAAACAUAGACAACAGCACAAUACAAGCAAUCCCACAAAAGAACACAGAUAAACACACUCCCAUUACUCCCGACUGUUUUCAUUUCCUUUGAACACUUAACAGAAUACUUACUCAUUGGAGUGGUGUUUCAAUUUACUGGCAGGCAGGCAGUGGUGGUGUAGCCUUCAAAAUAAGAAAGAUUAUUAGAAAUGCCACUGUAAAAAAAAUUGUUUUUCAUCAUAUCAAGGCUCUUUACAGCUGUAUGUUUAUAGAAAAAUCUUCAUUUGUGUGCUGCAAAGUAUAUUUCAUUUGUUAGAAACAUAUUUUGAAAAUGGGGCAUGUUAGACAUUUCUGAAUAUUUCUGUGUAUCAGUUUGAAACUCCCUGGACACACAGGAAUGCUGAUAUGAGAGGAUUUGUAUAUUGGCAUGUUGUAUAAACUAUCCAGAAGCAUACUGCAAAUGUUAUUACCUGCAGAUGGCUGUAAUACACAUUCAAAUAUAGUAUGCUGGAGAAGGAGCUGCAUGUUUAAAAAAUGUAGCACUUCAGCUAAUUUCUCUGCCAUUGUCUUCAAGUGCUCACAAAUCUGACUUCUUGGUGUUUUUUAAAUUCAGCUGAUCUCCUGGGCAGGGCAAUACUGUGUUGUCUAUUCCAGUUCAGUCAGAAAGUCAAGGUUAAAUAUAUAGCCAAAAUAUAGCAGUAUGGUUACCUUUUCAGUGGCCACUUAACAGUUAGUGACUACUCUGCGUUGUAAAUGCAAGCACCGCAGUAUUUUAAAUAAUCUAAAUCUUCACUAAAUCAAAUAUUCUUUAUUGGUUAAGGUCCAGAAGAGCAAACAACUUCUCAGAUAGUCAAAAUAAGCUACCAAUAGUGUAGUGUAGGCUACUGGAUUUUGCUGCUUCCUUUCCACUUCCUCUCCUGCCUUUUCUUCUUCUUUUAGACUUACUCCCUCUGUCUGCCAUCCCUCCCUGAUUGUAGCAUUCUCAUCAGGAAAUACUGAAUUCCUGUUGUGAGUGGGUGGAGAUUAAGCAGACCAAAGACAAAUUCUGCUGUUACUGCCAUAGGUGUGUAAUCCUAGAAGCUGUGUAUGUAUUGUUGCUUCUCUACUGACCCUAAGGACUCACAUGCUGUGACUUAAUGUAAAGUACAGAAAAUAUAAAUGCCAUAAACUAAAACAAAUAUUAGUUAGUAUAGGCUGUUAGUUUGAAGGGGUUUGUUUUUUUUACUGAUCUACUAAACAAAUAAUGGCCAAUAAUUAUCUGCUGUUUAUGUAUUUAAAGUUAUUUUGGCCUGCUUUACAGAAGCCGUCAUUUGAAUUCACAAAACAUUUUUAAUGAAUCACUGGAAAUUCUUUAUCUUGCCAAUACGGUUAAAUGCUUUACUAAUAAAAUAUAGAGCUUCAAUAAUAAGCUAUGAAAUAUUGUAGGAAACAAUUUGAUGCCUAUAUACAUGGCUAAAUUAGCAUUAAGAGCAUUUUAAUGAAAAUCUGAAACUUUUUAAGUGCAUAUGCUUAUUGAGGGAGUAUUAAACAGUUACCUGGACCACUGUUGCUUUCCUAAAUAUGUUAUCUAACCUAAGCUGAGUAUGUACAUUUAUAAUCACAGUUUCUUGUAUGAUUGUACAGUUUGUUAGACCUGCACUAACUUCAGAAUAAUAAAGUGAUGUUUAAGCAAGAUGACCAUGAA